AUGGAGCCCAUUACCCGCAAGUCAGAGCUUCCCUUCCUCGACGUGGUCCCACGCACCCCCCAAACGGGACGGUCGCUGUUGCGGCCCACCGGCUCCGACGAGAUGCACGAUCUGCUCUGCGUAGGCUUCGGUCCGGCCUCACUGGCCAUCGGCAUUGCGCUGAACGACGCCAUGGACCCCGCCCUCGGCUCCAAGACCAACUUCAAGCCCAAGGUCUGCUUCCUGGAGAAGCAGAACCAAUUCGCCUGGCACUCCGGUAUGCUGGUGCCCGGCUCGCGCAUGCAGAUCUCCUUCGUCAAGGACCUCGCCACCCUGCGUGACCCCCGCAGCAGCUUCACCUUCCUUAACUACCUGCACCACAAGAACCGUCUCAUCCACUUCACAAACCUGGGCACCUUCCUGCCCGCGCGUAUGGAGUUCGAGGAUUACAUGCGCUGGUGCGCAAACCGCUUCGAGAACGUCGUGAACUACGGCGAGGAGGUUGUCGAGGUCGUCCCCGGUCAGACCGAUGCCAGCGGCGUCGUGGAUUACUUCACCGUGGUCUCGCGCAACACCGGUACCGGCGAGAUCACCUCCCGUAACUCCCGCAAGGUCGUCAUUGCCAUUGGCGGCAAGGCUAAGAUGCCGCCUGGUUUCCCUCAAGAUCCCCGCAUCAUGCACUCUUCCAAGUACUGCACCACCCUCCCCCAGAUGCUGACCGACGACCUGGCCCCCUACAACAUUGCCGUCGUCGGCAGUGGCCAGAGUGCCGCCGAGAUCUACCACGAUCUCCACCGCCGCUACCCUAACUCACGCACUACCCUGAUCCUCCGUGACUCCGCCCUGCGUCCCAGUGACGACUCUCCCUUCGUCAACGAGAUCUUCAACCCCGAACGCAUCGACAAGUUCUACGAAAUGUCCAAGGAAGAGCGCACCCGCCGCAUCGCCACCGAAAAAGCAACCAACUACAGCGUCGUCCGCCUCGAACUCAUCGAAGCCAUCUACAACGACAUGUACCUCCAGCGCGUCGAAAACCCCGACGAAACCCAAUGGCAACAGCGCAUCCUCUCCGAGUCCGCAAUCUCCCGCAUCGAGCACCACAACCCCUCCAACCGCAUGCGCCUCCACGUCAAGUCCGUAAAGAACGAGUCCGAAAAGGAAGUUCUGGACGUCGACGCCGUCAUGGUCGCGACAGGUUACCUGCGCGACGCACACGAGGAGAUGCUCGACAACGUGCGCUCUCUCCAACCUGCUGGUGCAUCCGGGUGGAACCCUGGUCGUGAUUACCGGGCCACGCUGGAUGGGAAGAAGGUCUCUGCCGAUGCGGGCAUUUGGCUGCAGGGAUGUAAUGAGAAGACUCAUGGAUUGAGUGAUUCGUUGCUGUCGGUGCUGGCGGUGCGUGGUGGUGAGAUUGUUAACUCGGUGUUUGCGGAUCAGUUAGCGGGCGUGGUGCAGGACACCCGUGUACGUGCUAUGCUGUGA